AUGGCACAUGGACUUCCGCGACUGUCUCAUGAGGAACAAUUGAAACUGGGAAUUUCGGGGAGAGUAGAUAUGGUUAUUGAUACUCUGAAGGAAGUGGGACUGGUGGCAGGAUGGGACUGUGUAACAAAGACGCCAGCCUUGUUUCGUGUGGACGGUAUGGGCGCAGUGAUGCAAGGGAAUAUAUUGGCCACCGGAUCUGGACAUACGUUUGCGUAUUCUUAUCUGAACUUGGGACAGCUGAUUCAUCAGAAGGACCAUCCUAAUGAAAUUAAGAGCAAUAGGGUUUGUCGUCUGGACGAUGUUCUGGAAGACCCGUCCCAAUACAAAAAAUAUUCCAAUUGGUCUGCGUGGUCCGUUAAAGAAGCGGCAAGGAUGGCCAUGAAAGGGAUUCGCUAUGCUGCAGGCCAUGCCGCCAUGGCAUCGAUGUUACAGAUUUCGCUAGUGGUAUUGUUCGUGGUCGCAAGUGAUAGGAUUACGUGCCUGUAUGCUGACGUACCAGUGAAAAAGUUCUUGGAGAAAUUCUCCAUUAGUGUCGCCAAGAAUAGAGAGUAUUAUGGAGGGCUAAUUUGUGACGACGGAUUUUAG